CAGACCUCUUCCUAGCCAACCUUCUCAUCCCAAAGACAGAUAGAGCGAUGUGUGCGCAAAUGCCCUUCGCCCGACAUUUCGUACCACAAUGCCUCACUUGUCUCAUCUGUCACACAUAUAUAUAUACAUACCCAGCAAUGCAUAAGGGUACAGGGAUAUGCAACAAUGAAGCAUGUACAUAUUUGUGCGGUAGAAAGUUAACUUGUUGAAUGAGGGAGAGGUCGUCGAGUGGCCUGAGCUGCGAUGAUACCUAUCGGAGAGACCCAAGAUGGUCGUGCUGAUAUGACCAAUUUUGAGAUGGAUUUGUUCGACACAAAGAUAAAUUCAUAUGCUUUGGAAAAGGAAGAAAGUGAACAGUGUUGUCAACAUAGCAUCAUCAAACCAGCAUGUGUUCCAGUAUCGAUUAUAUCGUUAUUCAUAUUUUUAAUUGUAUUUUUCCCAUUAUUCAACGAAGAUGGCCUUGAUACGACGUCUAUUCGUUACGAUCGAAGUGGUUAUUGUACCGAUCAAUGCAGAAUGGAGAUGGUUGAAACUAUACCAUCGAUUUUGAUUUUUGACAAUAGUAGCCUUACGAGUUUGUCAACCUAUGACGUCUGGAAACAGUUAUUGGACGACGCACGAAUUUCGAUUGAUGUUGCGUCUUUCUACUGGAAUCUUCGUGAUCCCGCUGCACAUUCAAUCUCUUGGCAGGGAAAUGAUACAUUCGAAAGAUUCAUUGCAGCUGCUGAGCGUGGUGUACGGAUACGAAUAGUACAAAGUCAACCAACCGCAACAUUUCCACAACUCGAUUCGGAUUAUUUUGCUGAGAAUGGUUAUGCGGCAGUGCGAAAUCUGGAUAUAUCGAAACUGAUGGAUGAGAAUGGGAUUCUUCAUGCCAAAUUCUGGAUUGUUGACUCUCAACAUGUCUAUAUUGGAUCAGCUAACAUGGACUGGAAAUCCCUUACAGAGGUCAAAGAACUAGGCGUUGUAAUUUGGAACUGCACUUGCAUAGCAAAUGAUUUAUAUAAAAUUUUCAAUAUUUACUGGCGUCUUGGAGUUAGAGGAGCAAAAAUUCCCCAUAAAUGGCCAUUGAAUUUAAGAACUUAUUUCAAUUUCUCACAUCCACUUAAACUUCUUAGUGCUACAGACACCAGUGUAUUCAUAUCGAGUUCUCCUCCUCAAUUCAGUGCGAAAGGACGUGAAGAUGAUAGUGAUGCAAUCGUUGCAGUGAUGGAUAAUGCACGCGAAUUUGUCCAUAUAUCGGUGAUGGAUUACAUGCCUGCAACUAUUUAUAGAACUUUUAAUAAUAAUAUAUAUUGGCCAAAAUUAGAUAAUGCAAUACGUGCAACAGCUUACCGUGGAGUGAAUGUACGGUUGUUGGUGAGUCACUGGAAAUAUUCUCUACCCGAAAUGAUUCAUUUCUUGAAAUCAUUGCUUGAAAUUAAUGAUGGUAUGCCAAGAAUCGCAAGCCAUUCCGGGAAAAUCGAAGUGAAGCUAUUUACAAUUCCAGUGAAUCAAUCUCACGAAGAAAUUUCUCAUACUCUUGUAAAUCAUAAUAAGUACAUGGUUACAGAGAAAAUUGCUUAUUUUGGAACGUCAAACUGGGCAGCUGAUUACUUUAUCAGUAGUGCAGGUGUUGGAAUUUCUUUCAUCUCGUCAACACACGUUAAGUCGCUAAAUGCAGUUUUCAUGAGAGAUUGGACAUCUAAAUAUGCUAAAACUGUCAGAGAAUUCUUGUAAGAUGGAUUUUCUGCACAGUUUUUCCUUUGAAAUUCAAGCUUUCUAUUAUUUGAAUCUAUCAAAUGCUGAUUCUGUUGGCGUUAUACUAUGCAUUUUGAUCUGAAUCCUUCACCAUUUAUAAACCAUUAUGUCGAAGUGGGAGGGAAAACUCGGGGGCUUCUCUGAAUGGAAC